UGGUUUGCAAAAUCCUUUCACUUCACUUUGUGCUGGAAAACCGAUCCAAAAUGGUGCUUUUACUGAAGUGCUCUCGAAAGGUUGGGCUAUUCGCUCUGCUGCUUCUUCUCUCCAUCUUCUCCGUAUCGGCACAGUGGGGUAAUCAGCAACCGCAGCAGCCCCCACAAGGACAGCAGCAUCCGCAAGGACAACCGCAGCAGCAACCAGCCGGAUACUAUCCACCGAACCCACAAUCGCAGAAGAAUCCUCAAGAUGGCUAUUACGUGAUCUCCUAUCCGCAAGAAACGCAAGGAAAUCCUCAGCAGUAUCCUCCGGGCCAAGGUGGCCAGGGUGGCCAGGGCGGUUCUUCCUAUCCAAGUCCCGGAAUGGGCGGAUCAGACAACGACGAUCAGCAACAGGAGUGUACUGACCGCGCAACAAUGGUCGUCGGUGGCACGAGUGUUCAGUGGAACGAUGCUCCGUUUAUGGCGUCAUUGAGGGACAUUGCAAACGAUCGGUACAACAACUUCGGCAAUGGUCACUUUUGCGGAGGAAUCCUGAUUAGCCCGUAUUUCGUGCUUACCGCGGCUUCUUGCAUUGCGAACCGUAUGCCCGGCGAUAUUGGAGUCGUCGUAGGCACCCUAAACCGGCGAAAGCAAGCUUCCUUUACGCAGUUGAUGUUUGUUCAAAAAAUGAUCCCCCAUCCGUCGUACACUUUCCUAACUGGGGGUCACGACAUCGGGGUGAUUUUACUCAAGACGUCUGCUUUUGUGGGUGCACGUGUUAGGCUCGCCUCUCUUGCCUACCAGGAUCCCCGUCCCGGAAGCGAAUGUUCGUUGUAUGGAUGGGGAAAAACAACGCCAAAUGGGCAGCACUAUUCGGACUGUCUUCGUAAGGCUAUGGUGUCCAUACAAGAUCUAGAGGAAUGCAAGCGUAACUUCGAAAGAGUAAACAUAAAGAUCCCCCCAUCUGUGUUCUGCGCUGGGUUCUUCGGUGGAGGAUCAGAUGUAUGCCAAGGAGAUAUUGGCGGUCCGGUGGUUUGUGAUGGCAACUUGCAAGGAAUUAUCAACAAUAAAGUUGGAUGUGGAGACAAAUCUGUUGGCAAGAUUUAUACCAACGUCUACAGCUUCCGGAGCUGGAUCGACUACACGAUUAACCUUUUGAAGAGUGAGUUUGAGCAUGUCUAUCCCGAGGGAUCGCUGGAUAUGAGAAGUGCAGCACGACAGGAUGCAGCCGCAACGGAUAAACCACAGUCGUCCGGUGUUGCUGAAAAGUGUUUAUCAAUUGGACUAGCUCUCAUAACUGGUGUGUUACUAUUGUUGGCUUGAAGUUGAUUUCCCUCAAUUAAUAGAUAAAGAUUUUUUCUGGAUUUCUGUGCGAUAAACAGCUUUGAGUAGUAACAAUAAAAUUCAUGCUUUAGUGUUGUUUGAAAAAA